ACACACUCUCUCUCUCUCUUUCUCUCUCUCUCAUAUCCAAUCCAUAAACCCUCAUAAAACCCCUCUGAAGCUUUCUCCUCCUCCCCUCCCCCUCCCCUGUACUCUGUAGCGAAACCCUAGUUUCGCUCCAUCCAUGGCCGCGGCCAGGUCCCCUCUCCCCCCAGUCUCGCUCCCCGACCUCCUCUUCUCCGGAUCCCCUUCUCGCCCCAGGGUUUGGUGGAGGCUCCCGGCGCCCAAAUGCCCUCGCCGCCCCUCGACAGGGAUCCGCACCAGCGCGUUCUACACCGAGGGCGCCCCCGCCGCGGUGGCGCCGCGCAAGGAGAGGGCGGAGCCGGAGGCGGACGAGAUCGCGCUCCUCAAUGAACGGAUCCGGCGGGAGCACGGCCGCCGCGAGGCGGCGAGGGCGGCGACGCCGCCCAUGGACGCCGCCGAGGCGGAGGAGUACAUAAGCAUGGUGAAGGAGCAGCAGCAGAGGGGGCUACAGAAGCUUCGGGGGGGCGACGGUGAAGGGAAAGGUAUAGGAGGGUUAGGGUACCGGGUGGAUCCCUACGUGCUCCGGCCGGGGGACUACGUCGUGCACAAGAAGGUUGGGAUUGGGAAAUUUGCGGCGAUUAAGUAUGAUGUGCCCAAGGAUUCGUCGUCGGGGCCGAUCGAGUACGUGUUUAUUGAGUACGCAGAUGGGAUGGCGAAGCUUCCUGUUAAGCAGGCGAGUCGCGUGCUCUACCGAUACAAUCUGCCAAACGAAACAAAAAAGCCACGGGCCUUGAGCAAGUUGAAUGACCCUAGCACAUGGGAGAGGAGAAGGAUAAAGGGGAAGAUUGCUGUACAGAAAAUGGUUGUUGACUUGAUGGAGCUAUACUUGCAUAGGUUAAAACAGAAAAGGCCCCCAUACCCGGAGAAUCCGGCCGUGGCUGAAUUCGCUGCUCAAUUUCCUUAUGAGCCUACUCCUGAUCAGAAGCAGGCUUUUAUUGAUGUUGAGAAGGAUCUUACGGAAAGAGAGACACCGAUGGAUAGAUUGAUUUGUGGUGAUGUUGGGUUUGGCAAAACUGAAGUUGCAUUGCGUGCCAUCUAUUGUGUCGUCUCUGCUGGGAAGCAAGCUAUGGUUCUUGCACCGACUAUUGUCCUGGCUAAGCAACAUUUUGAUGUAAUUUCUGAGCGCUUCUCUGGAUAUCCUCAUAUAAAGGUUGGUCUGCUGAGCAGGUUUCAGACAAAGUCGCAAAAAGAAGAAUAUCUUUCAAUGAUAAAGAAGGGCCGUUUGGAUAUUAUCGUUGGAACUCAUGCUCUUCUUGGGAACCGAGUGGUCUAUAGCAAUCUGGGUCUGCUUGUUGUCGACGAGGAGCAGAGGUUUGGCGUGAAACAGAAGGAAAAGAUAGCAUCAUUCAAGACUUCUGUCGAUGUCCUCACCCUCUCUGCAACACCUAUUCCUCGAACUCUUUACCUAGCAUUGACUGGAUUUCGUGAUGCUAGCUUAAUUUCUACGCCUCCUCCAGAGAGGGUUCCAAUAAAAACCCAUUUGUCAGCUUAUAGUAAGGAAAAGGUUUUACAAGCUAUCAAAUUUGAGCUGGAUCGUGGUGGUCAAGUGUUCUAUGUGUUACCCCGGAUUAAAGGGCUGGAAGAAGUAAAGGAAUUUCUAGAGCAAUCAUUCCCGAACAUAGCAAUUGCAAUUGCUCAUGGAAAGCAAUACUCGAAGCAGCUUGAAGAAACAAUGGAAAACUUUGCUCUGGGAGAAAUUAAAAUUCUUAUUUGCACAAACAUAGUUGAAAGUGGACUUGACAUUCAGAAUGCUAACACCAUUAUCAUUCAGGAUGUUCACCAAUUCGGGCUUGCUCAGUUGUAUCAGCUGCGUGGGAGGGUGGGACGAGCAGACAAAGAAGCUUUUGCAUAUUUAUUCUACCCUGACAAAUCAUUGCUCUCUGAUCAAGCAUUGGAGAGAUUAGCUGCUGUUGAAGAAUAUGGAGAACUAGGCCAAGGUUUCCAUCUUGCAGAAAGGGAUAUGGGUAUAAGAGGAUUUGGAAAUAUUUUUGGUGAGCAGCAGACUGGUGAUAUUGGAAAUGUUGGCAUCGAUCUUUUCUUCGAAAUGCUGUUUGAGAGCUUAUCAGAGGUUGAAGAACAUCGCCUUGCAUCAAUUCCUUACAAAAAAGUUCAGCUUGAUAUAGAUAUUACUCCCCACCUCUCUUCAGAGUACAUAAACUAUCUUGAAAACCCUCUCAAGAUAAUUAAUGAAGCUGAGAAAGCUGCAGAGAAGGACAUGUGGAGCUUAAUGCAAUUCACAGACAAUCUGCGUCGACAAUAUGGAAAGGAACCUCGGUCAAUGGAGGUACUGCUUAAAAAGCUUUAUACACGGCGAAUGGCUGCAGAUCUUGGUAUCAGUAACAUGUAUGCCUCCGGCAAGGUGGUCGUCAUGACCACAAACAUGAGCAAGAAGGUGUUUAAGCUCAUGAAAGAGUCGAUGGCAUCAGAUAUACACCGGAAUUGUUUAACUUUCUCAGGGAGUGAAAUUAAGGCUGAACUUCUUCUGGAGCUACCAAGAGAACAACUCCUUAACUGGAUUUUCCAGUGCUUAGUGGAGCUCUAUGCUGCGUUGCCGGCUCUUGUGAAGUAUUAGUAUUCUCUCCCAAAGGACUUACAUGAAAACUUUCCCGUCUCCCACUGAGAAUGCAGUUGGCUGGUGCAUGCCGAAAAAGGAGAACGACAAGCUCAGGCUUUUCGAUCUAUAAACUUACAAAGGAAAGUUGCAACGCAUUACUCACUCAAGAUAUCUUUAUCGAUCAUAAUAGAUCGUAAAUGAGAGUCAUAGCAAUGUAAUCUUGUUGAUAGUGCCAACACUGGAACUCGUCGAAGGAAACUGGUGUCCUUAGCCUGGAUUUGCUCGCACAACAACAGUCUCCAGCUAGUUCUGGUGCGGCAUGUUUACUAAUUUCAUAAACUUUCAGAUAUUAAUAGAGCCUAACAUGAUGUCACAUUAUUUAGAGUACACGAAGAGGUUAGUAUCUAUAAAUCUCAUAAGAAGCAGGCUAAUAAAUAGCAGUAGGUAAAGACGUAUGGAUCUGACCUGCACUAUGGCCUCUGAGGAUGACUAUCCAACUUUUAGAUGUUUUGAUUUUGAUAAUUAACCUUCUAGUUUGUUGUAUUGAGUCAUUUGAUAGCACUUCGAUCACUGAAUUUAAGCACAUGGUUUCUAAAAUGGAUGUUGUUGUCCUCAAUCUCUGCUUCGUAACACUAAAUAGCCCUGAUGAAAUGAGGUGCUUGGUUUAUUUCCGGGCGCUCAGAUUUGUGGAUUCCAGAGAGCCUACUCUCGAGUUAGGUAGAGACCAGGCGCCUGGGUUUCUUGAGAGCUUUCUGUUUGGUCAAAAAUUGGACGCUUGAUAUGGUUCUGGAUGUCCGGACCUGUGAACUAGUUUCUGUUUGACCAGAAGCAAAACCUGGCGCAAACAGAAAAACUGGGCAUACGGUUUUCCAAACUCAGCUCUCUAUCCAGAAAUUAGGCUUAACAAAUUGGGCGCAAGCAGAAAAUCAGGCGCUCUGAUUUCCUGUUGAAGCAGGAAAUCAACUCAAAAAUGCAAAAUCAAAAAGAGGUGAAAUCUUAAAUUGAUCAAGCCAAAACAUUCAACAAAAUAAGCAGUUUAACAUGGUGCAAAUAACAUAGUAUAAGUCCUGUUUCAUACAUAUUUGCCAAUUGAUCUCUAUGUGCUGAAAAGCACAGUAAGAUAUACUAUUAAGAAGUUGAGGAUUCAAGUCCCAACAUGUCUAAUUUUCUUCUUGAAGCAUCAAACUUGGCAUCAUCAAAUGUAACAUUGUGUUUGCAUGUUGUGAAGGUAAUCGUUGCUAGAAUACAUGUCAAUUAUACUAUAAUGAGAUGAUUCAACACAUUGCAUGACUGGCUAAUGCUAUUUUCAAAUAGUUUACUGGAGACAGAUGAGGAAUUUGUUACCAACGGUGCCAAUGCCAAUGAAUCAUUCUUUUUUCAUUUUCUUCCGUGGUCACGAA